ACCAGACACAGCUUGCUUGCUUCAGCCUUCUUGAAUGCCUGGUCAGUGUAGCUUUGUACCAGCCUGACCAAGCAGGACCAUGUCUACCUUUGGGUACAGAAGAGAGCUCAGUAAAUAUGAAGACAUUGAUGAAGAUGAGCUCCUCGCUUCUCUCACUGAAGAGGAGCUGAAGGAGCUGGAGCGGGAGCUGGAGGACAUAGAGCCCGACCGUAACCUUCCAGUGGGACAGCGGCAGAAGAGCCUGACGGAGAAAACUCCAACAGGGACUUUCAGCAGGGAGGCAUUGAUGGCCUACUGGGAGAGGGAGACCAAGAAACUCCUGGAAAAAGAGAGGUUGGGUGCAUGCGAGAAGGAUUCUGAGCAAGAAGAGGACAAUUCGGAAGAACUUCAAGAAGAAUGUUUCACAGAAAGCAAUAGUGAAGUGUCUGAGGAGGCAUAUACUGAAGAGGAUGAUGAAGAAGAAGAUGAAGAGGAAAAUGAAGAUGAGAGUGAUGAUGAGAAUGAGGAAGAGCAAAAUGCUGCAGCUGGCAGGCAUUCUGACCACAUCAGACACAAAAAGUGUAAUGGUGCAAAGGACAAUGAAAGCUUCCUCAAUGGCCAUGAUGGAAAAGACAGUGAUAAUCGGAGCUCAAAAAGCAGUGCCAUCCACCCUUGUGGAAAUCCAACAGUUAUUGAAGAUGCUUUGGAAAAAGUUAGGAGCAACGACCCUGACACCACAGAGGUCAAUCUGAACAACAUUGAAAACAUCACUUCACAGAUGCUUAUACAAUUUUCUCAAGCCCUGAGGGACAACACAAUGGUUAAGUCAUUCAGCUUGGCUAACACCCAUGCUGAUGACAACGUGGCAAUAGCUAUUGCUGGUAUGUUAAAGGUUAAUCAGCAUAUAACUAGUCUAAAUAUUGAGUCAAAUUUUAUCACAGGCAAAGGCGUGCUGGCCAUCAUGAGAGCUUUGCAGCACAACAAGGUUCUAACAGAACUGCGCUUCCACAAUCAAAGGCACAUCAUGGGCAGCCAGGUGGAAAUGGACAUAGUCAAACUGCUGAAAGAGAACACCACUCUGGUAAAGCUGGGCUACCACUUUGACCUUGCUGGCCCACGAAUGAGCAUGACAAGUAUCCUGACAAGAAAUAUGGAUAAACAAAGGCAAAAGCGUAUGCAGGAGCAGCGGCAGCAAGAGUCAGGUUGUGACGGAGCUGUCAAUCCAAAGACCAAAGUUCUGCAGAAGGGGACACCUCGGUCCUCACCCUACGUGUCGCCUAAAAGCUCACCAUGGUCUUCCCCAAAGCUCCCUAAGAAAGCACUGCCAGUGAAAUGUCAGCCUUCAGCACCUGCACCCCCACCUCCCCUUCCCCCCUCGCCCCCACCUCCCCCUCCUCCUCCCCCUCCUCCACUUCUUCCAGAGAAGAAGGCACCUACCAGGAAUAUAGCUGAAGUCAUCAAACAGCAAGAAAGCUCAAAAAAAGCCUUACAUAAUGGACAGAAAAAGAAAAAAGGCAAAAAACCCAGAAAACAUGAGAACAACAUAUUGAAAGAAAUUAAAGAUUCUUUAAAAUCAAUCUCAGACAGAAAAUCAGAGGAAGGCUCACGACCCUCCACCCGGCCAUCCACCCCACAAAGGUCUCUCCAUGACAACCUCAUGGAAGCAAUUCGGGCAAGCAGCAUAAAGCAAUUAAGGCGGGUGGAGGUACCAGAAGCCCUUCGGUGAAAGCCUGGAUGGCAGAACAAGCAGAGCAGUGAUCGAGGGGAGGCUGCUUGUCCUUUCACUGGUGAUAACAUAGACUGUCUAGAAAGCUGCUUCCAAAGUACACUCUUAGAUUCAAGCCAUUUCUCUUUUAUUUCAAAGAAAUAA